UUUUGACAAUACCGAAGCACGGCUCAGGGCCACCGACCUAUAGACGAUGAAUACACCCGAAAUUGACGGUAAACCCGUGGUGGACUAACAUCGAUCACAGCUGAAAAGAUGGCGCCUGUUUCGAUGAGCUCUUGAAUACUGAGACCGCUGGAGACGAUUUCGCUCGAAGGACUGAAAGAACAUGUCUCUGAACUAAUACAGUUCGAUUGUUCUGCAGGAAGGGAGGAUGGUUGAGUUCACUGGUUCAUAUAGACAGAGAUACCAGACUGAGAGCUUUUUCCUUCAUGCACGCAUGUGUACGCGGGUACGUUUUAUUCCUUGUAUGCUUAACUAGGAUCAUAGUGCAGAACAUCAUGUUCUCGCCGAUUUCCGUGGGAGCUUACAUUUACAAGAGCAUCGUGGGCUCAGAGGACGAUGGUGAAGGAGUUACAGAGAGAGAGGAAUCAAGAGAGAAGGAUGACAGCAGCGGCAGCGAUUCUGACGGAGGAACUUCAGCCGAUCCUCCCUGUCUGAGGACUUCCCUCAAAUACCCUCCAGCGGCCAGGGGAUCGGACGUUCCGCUCCCGGAAGCCGAACUCAUUGCAUCCGAAACAACCUCACAGGAGUACUCUGUGCGAAAGGAGGAAUUUUCAGCUAGGAUAGCUGCCCUGCCAACAGCCGAAACUGCACUCGACGACCAGGUGGCAUUCGGAGAGAUUAUCGGGAGUGAUUUCGGCGACGCUUCAAAAUACUUAGACGAAAGUGUGACUUCAUUUCCCGAGGACAGACGUGCUGUCAUUAAUCGCACGAUAGAAUCAGUUGGCGGCACCCAAGAUGGAAACGACAGAACUGCCGAUUAUAUAUCACCAGAGCUUGACCCGGGACAGGAUGAUAAGCUCCAGCUGGGAAAUGACACUUGUGAUUCCACGCUCCGCCUAGCUACCGGCGGACGUCUUGAGGAGGUACCUUGUGAGCAACAUGUAAUAGACUCGGGCUCGGACUCCAAUUCGGAUAGUUACUCAUCGUCUAGUAGUAACGAAUCAAUGUCUACUAUUCGAGAAAACAUUGAAAGUUGUCAGCUUGAUUCCGAAGAUCAAAACAGACUUAAUGAGGGCAAUGACCUUGUCCAAGAAAAUGAUGAAUUAUGGCCAACCCAGGAAGAACACGUGUAUAUUUCACCCGACCUCGAAUUCCCAUUUUAUAAGACGACUGUGGCAGUUGAACAAACUACCAAUGUCACAGAGUUAUUGGAAAAUUUGGACAAGGAAACCUUUGUCCGGCCUUCAAAACCAAAAGAAGACAAGCACUCCCCCAGGCCAAUCUCAGACGAUGAACUUGAGAAUGCACUGAGAAUUCUGCGGAGUGGGAGGCCUCCACAAAAGAGGUCGUGGUACAGUUUGGACAACCUCUCCACUUCCAAACCGAAUCGAGCAUUUGCUCUCUACUAUGGAGAGAGGAGAAAUUCCAGCGGAGAUGACAAUGAACCGAGCAGCCCAGAAGGGAACGGCACUGUAUUUGGGUUGACUGCUACGGUGAAAGACAAGCAUCGUUCGUAUUCUGCAAAGGAAGAAGUGAGUGGAUUCAAACAUUUUUCCAUUCCAAGUGAACCGUCUGGUGAAGACUCUGUGUUUCUGCGCCCGACAUCUGCACCAAAGGAUUUUUCUUUUCCUCAGGACGAGGAUACGCGGAGAGGAGACAAGCCGAAUACCCCAAGUACACCUUCAGAUGAACACUGUGCUGAGGCGACCCCGCAAUAUCCUCCAGAAACAAUCGCAGAUGACGGCCUCAUAAUGGCAAAGCCAGUGUCGCUCAUGGAUUCAAGUCGGCAGUUCCCAAAACUGACAAAUGAACAUCCUGCAUCAUCUGUCCUAGAAAUUUCUCCAGACGAUGUUUAUCUCCAUUCUAUCGACAACAACAAAGGAAAUGCUGACUCUUACACGCCGGAAUCGACUCUAAAUGAGGUUCCCUAUCAACCGAAAAGUGAACACACACCAUAUGACAGCACUAUUUCUCCAAGUUCUCAGUCACGGGAAGUUGGUUCAUUUAUUGACUCGACACCAACUCCAGAAGUUCCAGAAGCGCCUGUAUUUGUUGAAACCUCAUUACCAAGUCCAGAACCUGCGUCAGAGCCGAAGGAUGAAUAUGCAUUGGCUAACCCAAAAUUUAAGCCAGAACAGAUCGCAUUAGCUGACCCUUCGGAAUUACGUCCAGGAUCGACUUCCAGGCCGGAACAUCAGUCUCCCAAUGAGUGGUAUUCUGCAUUACCUCCACCACUAGAACCACGCCCAGGAUUGGCCCGCGAAUGGGCCCAGCCAACGCCUCCCGAGAUGAUUCCAAAUGUGAGUCAAGAUGUGGCUGUUAAAUUUUCCUCUGAAUAUGAUUUCGUUAUUACUAGCGAAUAUCCUGCUGACGAAUAUGACGACUUGCCUCCACCCCCUGUAGUUGAUGACGCUUAUAUCCCAUCUGAACAAAGCGAUGACCUCCCUCCACCCCCUGAUGGCGUCAAUGUCCUGCGUGAUCCAUAUAAUCAUGAAGCAGAUGAUAGGAUCAUUGCACCAGGUGAAUUACCCAUGUUCCCAGAGCAAAAUAUAACCACUUUAGUCGAACAACCCGAAGCAUUUCACCCUCCCUCAUCCCAGACACACCCAAGAGAUGCUGAUGUUGAAAUAGAAGAGCGCCCGUUAAUGAAAGAGGACCAUUGCCCUGAAUCAUCUCUGGAACCAAAUAAAUCAGCUUUGAGGGGAAAUGAGAACGUGUUACCCGUUAAUAAAACUUAUCCAGCAUUGCCACCCAAACCCAGCCACCUAAAGCAAAAGACUGUUUUGGGAAAACCUGUCGCUUUGCCUUUGGUAAAUGAAGAAACGACUCCAGUGAAGUCUUUCUCUUCAGACUCGAACCAACCUGAUGAAGCAAACCAAGCGAAUUUCCCCAUGUCCCCAGAGCCUUACAUUUCAGCUUCAGUUAAGUUUCCCAUAGUCUAUAGUAUGCCCCCACUUGGAUCUCCAAUUGCCUUGGAACCUCAGCUUACCUGCAGAGGGAACAUCAUAGAUGAGCAGUUCCCUGUGUUUUCACAGGUACAGAAGGAACAGGCGUUGGCAGAAAUAGCAACUCUUAUUCCUAAGCGCAAAGUGCCUCCAAAGGUGCCCCCAAAACCAGCUUUUAAAAGGAAACAAAAAGUCGACGAACCGGCCUUUAUUUCGACAAGGAUUUCAGACGUCGAGUGUUCCAUUGAUUUUUCCAGAUUAGACAAAACAGAUAAAUCUAAAGAGAUUCCGUCUAAGCAGGGCUUUGUCCCAGAAUCGCUCCGUUAUGAGGCCCCAGAGGAACAACACGGGCCGGACGAAUCGACUGGUGAGGACGAUGUUGUGAUUAUGCAAGCAGGAAUAUCCGUGUACCGGGAAGAACCACUUGAAUCUGUGAAGAUAUCAGACGCUGGCGAUCAGUCAUAUAUUCCAAGAGAUAAAACAACACUUCCACAUGAAGCACUACCAGAACAACCUGGAUAUGGGAUAGAAAAGAGCCCACCUAACCGUUCAAUUUCUCGACAGACGGUAAAAAUGAGUGCAAGGCUCUCCUUACACCGUCUUGAAACAGGGGAACAUUUUACAGAAACUGUUGUCUCGGUCCACGAGCAAGAUGUUAUGGAUGAGGAUAAUCGAAAUUCUUCAUUAGAUGGUGAAGACGUUUUUGUCUCAGCCAGUUCAACUGAACGAAAUGAAGUAAUGGACGAGGUAUUCGGCAGCGAAAGAGAGAAUGGUGAUGGCACAUUUAGUACAGAAGACAUAUACUAUCCGUCUGAUUCCCUUCCUGAAGCAUUGGAAACAUUUCCUGCAGGUGGUCCCGUUGGUGCGUCCUACAGCGAUCACUUCGAGUCUCCCGAAUUUUCCUCUGCGGAUGAGUUUCUGGCAGAGGCCGACAUGGCUAUGAGCAAGAUGGUGGCAGCAAGUGCACAACCCCUGAGGGACAUUUCUUCGUCCUCAUCGACCAGUUCUGACGAUUUUUCCGGGUCAUCAGACUCUGAUGACAGUAGUUCUGAGUCUGCUGAAGAACACACGUACAUCGUUACAGAGCCAGGCGACGGCCUCGAGGGAGAUUAUGACAAUCGAGAGCCUGAUGUAGUUUCGAGACCAACCACGCUUCCGCUUGUUGUAGAAGAGGGAGAAGAGGAGGAAGAAGAGGUAGAAAGUCCUGGCGAUCGUGAAGGUGAUGAACAAGCGGAAGAAGAGGAGGCAGAAUUAGUAAGACCUAUUGAAACGGGACUAGAAGAUGUAAAGGAUGACCACAGUGAUGAAGGUAUGAACCAAAAGGAUAUCAAUUACAGUGAAGCUGAAAUUCCUUGUGAGCAAGCCGUCACAGAAUAUCCAAAAGCAAUUUCCGAAGAACCCGUGGAAGUGCAUAACUCUGAAUUACCGAGUGUUACCCCAAUUGAGAUACCUAGAUAUCCAAAAUAUAUCAAUUAUGACAGACCACCAUAUGAUAAAAAGCCAGUUGUGGAAGCUCAGUAUAACACUGUGGAACAAAUGUAUGAUGUUCCUGAACAAAUAGUGCAGCGCUCACCGCCACAAAGUAAGUCUCCUGAUAUCUUAGAGACCACAAUCCCUGAUGAUGAAGAGCAGAGGUCUGAAACUUCAAGUGAGUCUGAAAACUCCAGCGCGUCUGACACCUCGGGGGAGUCUGCAUCACACACUUCAUGUUAUGAUGAGGAAGAGAAUGGUGAAAGGGAGUGCCGUGAAGAGACUAUGGAAUUCUCAAGCGAAUAUUCAGACGAGCCAGAAUGGCAGCCUCCACCGCCUUCCACCGGUGCUCGUGUAUUUUUUCUGACAUCAAAUAUGCAGUUUGGAUUCAAAGCAGAGCCAGGCCAUUUUCAAAUCAAUCAGUCUCCACAGCAUACUGAAGAUGAACCACCAGACACAAAUCUACCAAGCCAUUAUAUUCAACGAAGCACCGACGAGGAAGGGGACGUAGUACGCGACGAUGACAAAAGAAUUGAAAAGGAGGAGGAGGUCAAGGAAAACAAGGACGGAUUUGAACCAGACAAACAUUUUAGACCAAUAACUGUCGUUGCUCCCAUCGUGUCAGAAGCAGAACCCGAAAAGCACGCCAAGCCAAUUCCGCAGUACAGAGGUGAAGACAAGUAUGACAUACCUAAAUCAGUGACUUCAGUAUCUGAGAGUCCCCCUGAAAUUUCACAGGAUGUUGCUUUACCCGCAGAACAGAAAAAUAAUGCUAAGGGUUUGAAGACUGUUACUGUGACUUACACAGUGAUUCACACUAAGCCUCAUCAUGAUGGAACGGAGGAGAAAGAAGGUUGUGUUUCCUCUGAUGCAACCAUGCCAGGAGAAAUUAGUAUGGAUGAGAAAAUAAUGGAUAAUCACCAUCCCAGGGAGGAGGAAAUGAGAGAAGGUAGAAUUGAGGAGACACCUAACGCUCACCGCCAUCUAUAUCAGCAUGCCUUGAGAGAUCAACACAUUUCCGAGUAUGACAAAAGUAGGCAGUACAGUGACAGCUCCCCGUCGGGUCGCUACACAGAAUCUUCGAUAAAAGACUACUCUGAUGAAAAAAUAAAACCAGAAAGUGUCAGUCUCGUUGAAUCGGGGCCCCCACCUGGACGAAAUGAACCCGUUAACCAGCAUAGAGGUAGUGAAAGGCUUCCAUCACAUGAGACUGAUCUCGACAAGUUUGAGUCUUGGUACAAAAGUUCUCCCACUGUAACCGAGUCUAAGGAUGAAGGUACCGAAACCCCCAGUACAAAAGAAGCACGCCCUGAGCACAGGCCAGACGUUGUUCCUGAUGAUGCUAAUGGAUACAACUCAAAAUCCAUUCCAGUUAAUGAGGUUGGACCUUACAAUUUCGACUCUUAUCCAGACCAAGAAAGAGAAAAUCUACCCGAUAGCAGCGAAACAACUGUCAAGAAAAUUGAGCUCAGACCUGAAGUGGCCUUGUUUACAGUUUCGUCAAGGGAGCAGAUUUUCCCACAAACUAAACCAGUAGAUCCGAAAGCCGCAACUUCACCCUCUUCAGAUGACACCGAGGGGACAGGUUCUUACAGAUACAGUUCUUGGUACGAAGAAAAAACUGAUGACACCCCUGCGAUGGCGAUCGCAUUGGUAAAGAGUGACAUCAAACUCCCACCUGAGUACCUCUCAGAAAGAAAAACGGCUGAGAAGCCAAAGCCAAAACCCAAACCCAAGCCGAAAGAAAUUCCUACUGUCGUAAACACCAGCAGAAGUCCAGACGAAAAGCCGGAGGAAGGUGCGUAUAGAUACACAUCUUGGUAUGAAGAACCCAGGGAGGAGAAGCCCAAGGAAACCGAUUAUGUCAUCGUCCCCUCCUCAGCAGAAACUCAGGAGGAAAGUGCACCUAAACAGGAAACGCCCCUUUCACCUGAACGGGAGCCCGGAACCUACAAAUACAUGGCAUGGUACGAUGAAACUGCUGACGAACCAGCAGGUGGUGAUUUUUUUGUUGUUUCACGCCCGACUUUAGAUGAAGAGAAGUCUAAAUCGGAUUCCUUGAAUUCCCCAACUUCGCCAGCCAGACGACCAGGAAGCUAUUUGUAUAGUGUAUGGUAUGACGAACCAACUAAUGAACCAUCACAGGAAGAAUAUUUCGUGGUUUCAGCACCUGAAUCAAGUGAGGACACGUCAAAGUCUUCUUCAUCAACUGCAAGAGCCAGUGACGACAUAUUUAAGGAAGGAUUGUCGCGCAGUGCUUUGUAUGAGAAGCACCAAACUACUACCAAGGAUCCCCCUGAAACAUUUGUUUUAUCCAAACCUUACGAAGAACCACAGUUACGACCCCCAGAUGCUGGUACUCAGCCAACAAAGUCAAUUGGAGGUGAUCUGUAUUAUCCUCAAGAAAUUGACACAGGUAGGAAUGGAAGAGACCCAGGUGGGAAAAGUUUGUCUGUUGAAGGCGGUGUCUCCGGCGCCUCCUCCCGUAACAACAGCUAUGGAAGUAGCAGGACCUCGGGUUCCCUUGCAGAUGUCAGUGCAACGUCGGGUGAAGCCAUGAGACGAACCUGGAGUGACGAGUCAGAUGAACUUCAUAGCAGCAAGGAUUCAUCUGCUUUCAUGCCCCCAGCCGUUCAACCCGUCAAACAACUUCCACCAAAGCCUAAACCUCGUAAAGGAAGACCUAGCGCGCCGUCGAGUAGCGAUGACGAACAGCAACAGCAGCUGAGGAGGCCAGGAAGAAGUGACAAAAAAGGACCGGAGACAAAAACAGAUGUGGCGGAAACUCUUACUCCUCGGGCUGAGUAUGCUAUGGCAUCGUCUGCAUGGGAACGAAUCCCAGUGGAAGAGCCGUGUCAUCCGCCGCGAGAAAGUGCUAUAUGGGACUCUGGAGAUGACAGGCGUGGACAAACAAGACCGGCUGGUCGCGGUGGACACGACAACAGAUACUCCGUGCCAGAUAAACCUCGCAAGGAAAUUGAACAGAUGUUAGACUCGCUUGUUGCUGAUGAAGAUGCCUUUGAUUUACCCCGUACUCAUGGGAGAGAACCACAACUUCCCCCAAAACAACUGGAAGAUAGAGAAGCCACGAGUAGAUGGAGAAAUGACGGUGCCGUAAGUAUGAACCUUUUACCCCAGACUCAGAACAAGAACUACGAGUUUGUCGAAACAUCGUUGCAAGAAAGCCGUUCUCAUUCCACUUCCGAACCUUACAUUGCCAGAGGGUUUGAUGGGAAAACAGUAAGCGGACGGCAUCCUGACUUUGCUGAGCCAAUUUUGGCUUUGCGUCCGCAAGGGAAUGAGCCUUCAAAGAUGCCGGAGACAAGACCUGAUGAAAGUCGCGGGAGACGGACUGUUCCUCGUGACGACGGGCCACCCAGCUCCAGGGAUGAAUACAGACUCGCGGCUGCAUCGUGGGAAAAUAUGUCGUCUGCCAGUGAUGAAGGUCCCUACAAGCGAACGAAGAUGGAAACGUGGGACAAUGAUCCUGAUCCCGGUUCAGAACAAGCAGCAUAUCCGGCAGCUUUGAUGGUAAAACAGAGACAUCAACCAGAGCGAGCUCCAAGUCCUGCACAAGCUAAUGUUCGUCCCCGUGACCUGAGAAGAAAGGGUAAUGGGGUGAUAAUCACGGCUGACGUUCAUGCCCCAUACAUUCCACCAUCGGUGCCUGGAGAUCCACAUUUAGCCCUCCAGAUGUUAAGUGCCAGUGCAUCAACAGGUGAGUUAGCACCACCACCUCCAAAGGAUUGGGGUACACGGCGUAAGGCUCAGAGCACCCUAGGAAUCAGUCAGCAUGUACCUCGUCGGCCUGAGAUGGAGAUUGUCAUACCUGAUGCAGAGGCUAGUGUCCCAAGACGUCAUCAUCGUUCCAGGGUCAAAGGUCCCCAACCUCCCUCAGCGGGACCCCGACCGGGUCGGCCCCAUUCGCCAGUGUCUAUCUCGUCUUACUCAAGCACACAGUCACUCCCAGCUAGGAUACUUCCCCGUAUGCCGCGUGAAAAUGAACUGGAAAAGCUAAAGAAGCACAUGGCUGAAAUCAGCCGACAAACUGAAAUAAAGAAAGCCGAACUGAAGAAAAUCCACACAAGAAAUCCUUCCGUGAGACACCACAUACCGAUGAGAGGACCUCGCGGAGAACUGAUUAGUGCCGAUGGGCGGAUACUGUCCACACCAGAAGCCCCAAACCGGGCCGAGUUGGAGAAAUACAAGCGAUUCUUCGAAACUCUUCCUGAGCCACACUUUCGGAGAUUGAUGCAUGAAAUGUUGGAGUACAAGCACAUGGUGAAGCAAAAAGAGGAGGAGAUUAAACGGUUGAAUGCUCAGUACGCUGGCUUGAGGAGGAGACUUGCUCAGCUUGCGCAACAACUUAGAUAGCAGCUCUCACUUUAGCCCCUCCCCCAUAAAAGAAAAUAAAACCAAAAAAAUUGCGAUUUUUGAUUUUUUUUUAUAUAUACAUGUACAUGUGUACGUACACUGUUGCGCGUCCGUUUUUUUUUCUGAGAGGGAGAUGUUGCCUUUUGAAUUGAAAACGAAUUGUAGCGUGCCUUUGCUAGGAAUUAGGGAUUUGCGUACAUUUUAUUGGUAGCAAUGCUUCCAUCUUGUCCUUCUAACAGGUUUUUGCAUUUGGGGGGGGGAGGUGGUAUGUGUUAACGAAUGAUCUGACUAGUUUUGUUUCGUCGAGAUCAAAAUGUACUGUUUCAAAGCUUUUAAAGCUUGGUAAAAUUGUUUGUGUUUGGUUUUGGAGUGUAAGUUUCAGAAAACAUUUAAACGGUGAAAACUAACUAGAUUUGCUUUAGUUGUAAUCGAUGUAGUUUUGAUUAGUUCAGCUGUGUUCUGAGUUUUGACUGAUUUCUCUAGUUUUUCUAAAUUUACUGGAAAUCUAGUCGCUGCGGAAAACGCACGGCUUUAUCAUAAGAGUUCUUGAGUAGAUUCGUGUUCAUCCUAAAUUUUCCUAUAAAUUGCCGUAAGUAAAAGUGUAUCUAGUUUUAACAAUUUUGACGGGUUGCAGCCAUUUAACCCUGAACACCUAAGUUUUACUGUUUUUAUCAAAUGUAAUGGCGGCUUAUAAGAGGGAAUCGUAUUUUUUUAGAUCCGUGAAUAUUGUCGUAAUUCACAGCUCAGCGAAAAAAAAAACGUGUACAGUGUACACAGUUUCAUUUUGUAGGCUAACAAUGAAGUACAGUGAAAUACAAUUAUUUGCUGAUUUCCGGUUGCAUGGAGCCCGUUGACAUUUGUAGUAGGUCGUAUAUCAUGAACACUGUAGGUUCCCCUCCUUCCUCCAUGGUUAGACUGACUGUAUGAAACAGUGGCUACACAGCGUAUCUAGGUUUAUUGCUCUAGCUGGUUGCAAAACUGUAAAACGCGUGGGGUUGUAGAGGGUCAAGUACGUUUCAACUAAUGUGCAUACGGCAACACUUGGAACUUUGUGUGAUUCAUCAUCGCUACAUCAAUUAAUAUUAUUUUGCAACACCACUCCAGUACACGCUCUCUCAUAAAAAUGUACGUUUGCGUGUCUAUAUUAUGGACUUUGGCUUAGAUUUUUAGCGUUUCUUAUUAUUAGGCAUAAAAUGACGCUGGACAAUUUUUCCUUGCUAAUGGAGACUUAAAGCAAUAACUGUUUACUGUGGCCUUUACCGCUGCAGUCUAUUGAGGUCACGGUGAUUUAUCAAGGUGGAGAUUAAUAUUGUGUGUAGCGUUUUGCAGAAUGUAGACAAUGUUGUAGAUUUGCUCGUUAAUAGGCAAGGUUAUGCGUGCUUUUGUGUUGACUGAGGAAAAAGGGCAAAACGAAACGGCCCAUUUCUGCUGUUCAAGGAUGGGAAGUCGCUAUACGUGCUCACAUCACUGCACUGUACCUUACUUUGUUUGGUAUGCACUUUGGAGAUGCUUUUUGAAAAAGAAAUGGUUUAAUCUUUACAAGUUAGCAUGGUUAGUUUUCCUGAAGUCACUUAAGCAGCUGUCACAGAAAACGCAUCAAUUUUCUAAUAUAGAUUUAUAUUGCAGUUUUGGAAGUAGAGCACGUACUCAAAGGGAUGCCAAAAUGAAAGAUGUAUAUCGGAGUAUUUUCGUACAAAUAUUAGAAGGGGGAUAUCAUAUCUGUCCAAGUCUGAGAUAGAUCUUACGACGGGAUUGUGUGACAUUUUUAUAUACAAAUAAAAAGGAUUAGUUAUAACAAUCAAAAUGAUUCAAAACGGCCAAUAACUGGUAGAAGAUGUAUUCAACCAGUCGAUUAGUUUCGUGUACCAAUUAUUGGUUAUUUUAAUUACUUUGUGUUUUGGAAUUAAUUUGAUUCUUUGUGGGCUAGGUUUGGCUUGAGUAAUUCUAGAUAGAAAAUAAUAAGACCUUGUUGAACGGUAAACCAGUGAUAUCUUUCUCUGCGUGAAUUCACGAGAAACAAACAACAUAUACAUGUAGUCUGGUUCAGUUGAAGUGUGUAAGUUUAUUGUAGGGAAUAAAUUUACAAAAAGAUCCAAUAUAUUUUGAUAAUUUGUACAAUUUACAUUCAUUGGACACUAUACAUUUCUUCCUUUUUAUUCAACUAAAAACAUUCUAGAUUUGUAAGAAAACGUUUAAUCGGUAGAUUUUUCGCCCGUGUAUAUAGAGAAUGUACAUGCUACUUGAUAUUAUAUGCUAUUCUGUAAGGACUGAAUUGUAUAAAUGGAAAUUUGGCUAAAACAUUCAUAAACCGAAGGUAAAUCAAUGAAUGUUUUACUUCACUACAGCAGUUAAGAAAUAUGCAAUUUUAGAUAAUACUGUAUUUUUAGUAACAAAUGACAUUGAAGCAACUUUGGUCGAAAAUGACGGUGUUACAGGUUUAGUAUUUUUGAUGUGUGUUGCCUUAGUUUGUGGGUAUAAUGUACCUUUGAUGUUAGUUUUGCGCAGUUUACGAAGAAUGGGAGAGAGUAUAAUAAUUAUGAUAUACAUUUGCCAGUUUUUCUUGGUUGUAUGAAGUUCUGAUCCAGAGCACGUUUAUUUUGAAACUUUUUAAUUCAUGACAGCACUGAGAUAGAGCGUUUGAGUUAUUUGUCAAAAACUACACUGCGAAAACAGGGGUGUUACAUGGGUGUUAUCAGAGGACCAUGCCAACACUUUUAACCGUUGUUAAAAUUUUUGGUGUUAGUUCGGCAUUGGUAGUGUUCAUUUCAACACCCUCCAGUGCACUGUAACAUCUGUAGGUGUGUAAAGUAACACCAGCGGUGUUAAAGUAACACUGUUUGGUGUUGUCAUCUGAUAACACUAAAAGUGUUGUUUUUAACACCACAGUUUUUGAAGUGUUACGCCCUGUUUUAUACUAGGCCAGACGUCAUUUACUUUCAACACAGGAUGUUGUCAACAUCGUAAACAAUUGAACCGAAAAAAAAAUCUAAAUUAAUGUACAUGUAUUGCACUUCCCGCACACUGCGCCAAAGGCCUAGUGGUCAUUGAGCACGUUACUGCCAUAAAAGCUUUGCUUUUUUUUACCUCUGAAAAUAUCACUACUAGCAUAUGAAAGGGAAACAUAGACUUUUUACUUCUGAGCAAAUCGUGACCAUUUGGAAUAGUUACUUCGAGCUUGUACUAUUUUUCAUUAAAUAAAGACGUUUUAGUUUAUUCGA